GCUCUAAUUUUUAUCAGGUCUGUUUAAUGUUUAACAGCACUAAUUAAGCAGAAGACGAUGUAGCAGUAUAAGUAAGUGUGGGGAACAACAUGGUCAGCUGAAUGCAGCAGGGCUUCUGAUUUUAAUAAUUUGAAAGGAAGAUGAAGUGUCUCCUGUGCCUGUGUUUACUCCUUGCUGUUCUUUGUGCUGUAACCCACUGUCGCCAUGAAGAUGUUUGCCAUGAAGUCAACAAUACUAAUCUGCAAGAUGGAACAGAAAAUUUAUUAACACAUAAGUGUGACAAGCAAGGUUCUAACUAUGCAGAUUUUGUAUUUAGAUUUUACAAGCAAGCCAUAUCAAAAGAAGCUGAUGAAAAUGUUUUCUUUUCUCCCAUGAGCAUCUCCACUGCAUUUGCCAUGCUGGCUGUUGGUGCUAAGUCAACCACCCUGUCUCAGAUUUUUGGAGGACUGGGCUUUGACAAUCUGACUGAGGCUCGUGUAGGUGAUAUACAUAACAGUUUUCACAAAGUUUUAUCAGUAAUGAAUUGUGCUGAUGCUAAUAUCACAGUAAAUAUAGGGAAUGCCAUUUUUACAGCUACUGGAUAUGAACUACAGGAGUCAUUUUUACAAAAUACCAAACAAUUUUAUGAUGCAGAAUUUUUUUCUAGUGAUUUCCAUGAACCAGAAGAAGCUAAGAAGCAAAUCAAUAAAUAUGUAGAGGAGAAAACUAAGGGGAAAAUUCCUGAAUUAGUUGGUCAUCUUGAUCCAAGUACUGUACUAGUUCUAGUUAACUACAUUUAUUUUAAAGCUGCCUGGGAAAAGUCUUUUGAUCCUUUGCGUACCUAUGAGGAUGAUUUUUUUGUGAACACAAAUGCAUCUGUUAGAGUCAACAUGAUGCAGCGUGACAGUAUCUUUAAUGCUUACUAUGACCAGGAUCUCUCCUGCAAGGUGAUAGAGCUGCCUUACCAGGGCACUGCCCGAGCAUUGCUCAUUCUGCCUGAUGAUGGAAAGAUGAAGCAAGUGGAAGAUGCUCUCUCCAAGGAAACUCUUUGUAAAUGGGAUAACAAACUUAUGACCAGGAGAUUAAAUCUGCAUUUACCGAAGUUCUCUAUUAGUGGGUCUUACGAUGUUAAAAACCUGUUUAAAAAUAUGGGCAUUACUGAAGUGUUCUCAAGUAAUGCUGAUCUGUCUGGAAUUAGUGGCAGCCGUAAUCUCCAGGUUUCAGAAGCAAUUCACAAGGCCCUGCUGGAAGUUGAUGAGGCUGGAACUGAAGCUGCAGGAGCCACUGCCAUAAUCUUGAACAGAGUUCUGUUUCCUUCUGAUACCAUCAAAUUCAACAGGCCCUUCAUUAUUUUGAUCUCUGACAAGCAAACUGGCACUACAUUUUUCAUGGGGAAAAUUGUUGAUCCUACUAAAAAGUAAUUGCUGAGUUAUUUGGCAUAUUGUUAUUGGCCACACAUUAUAAUGGGCACGGUGAUUGCACAUGUGGGCUAGUGAGUGCUACUAACUACUCUCUGACUGAGGGAUAUUCAGAAAUAAAUGAGGAAUUUCCUUGUCAAAUUAAUAAGCAAAAAAGUUGUAAGAAAACAGCAUCAAGUAAGGUUUUAAAUGUGACACUUUCCCCAGAUGAGUAAUUGUAUUGGGUUUGCAUGGCAAGGUUUUGGGAGUAGGGGUGGGGCUACAGGGGCUUCUUUGAGAAGCUGGUAGAAGCUUCCCUCAUGUCCAACAGAACCAAUGGCAGCUGGCUCCAGGACAGAGCUGGCACUGGCCAAUGCUGAGCCCAUCAGAGAUGAUAGUAAUGCUUGUGUGAUAAUAUAUUUAAGAAGGGGAAAAUAAAAGUUAUUUUGCAAAAGUAAUUGUAGCCAGAGAAGAACAGAGUGAGAAUUAGUGAAAGAAACAGCCCAGCAGACACCCAGGUCAGUGCAGAAUGAGAGGGAGAAGGUGAUCCAGGUGCCAGAGCACAAAUUGCCCUGCAGCCUGGUG